UAUUGGCAAUUGAAUUGUUUUGACACUAAACGCACAACUAUCGACUCUGAAUAACCAAUUAUGUUGAGGUUUUCUAUUAUCGUCGCUUUUUGCCUUUUGGCAACUCAUUGUGGAGCUCACAAAAAAAUCGUGAAAGUGGUUGAGCCUGCGGAUUGCGCUGCCGCUGCGGAUGUCGAACUAUGUCGGGAUUUCCGAGACAUACGCAACCUAAUUGAUGCCAACACACUCGUAUAUUAUAUCUCAUCGGGCUACUUCCAGGACGAAAGUUUCCGCAAGGCUAUGGACUUUGUUAAAACCGAUCAAUUCAAAUCGGUAUCGAAGCAAAUUGCCGAAAGUAAUGCUUAUCAGAAGCUACUUCAACGCUUCUCUAAUGCCGGCAUCAAUACCGAUAGUAUUGCGAGCAUUGCCAAUAUAUUCGAUUGUUUAAUGCUCUCGAUGCCCAAGUACGGCGAUGUGGAUUAUUCUGACAGCAUUGAAAUGCAAUCGUUGGUAGUGCCGCGUUCCUUGCAGGACGUUGCUACGAAUUUGAUGAACGCAAUUCCACGUUCUGACUUCCGCAAAUUGAUCAACGAGAAAUUGCGCAACAAUAGCGAAUUUGCUAAAUUUUAUCGCAUCGUACGCAGCAAGAGUUUCAAACGUGAAGUUAAGAAAUUAUUUGCUACAUACCAAUUAAAAUAUCCACUGAGCGUGCUGAAGCGUCACCAUAUUGAUUUGGUAAAAUUGGCCAAAAUGGCUAAUCAAAUCUUCGAGUGGGGUCCAUCCUAUUAAGCCAAGUUAGCUAAAGAUCCGGUCGAAAUGCUUUGGUCGACAGUAGCAAAGUAUUUGUGCUCGAUGACGCGGCAAUGAUACAUACAUAUUGUACAUAUUUUAACAUAAAUAUAUGAAAAAUUUUGUGCGACCAUCAUAUAAAUUGUAAUGGGCUGAAAUCAAUAAACAAUUAGACCACGCGCAAAAAA